AUGAAUACUUUACAAGUGACAGAAUUUUGCAAUAGAGUUUUUGAAAAAUAUGAUAAAAAUAAAUCAGGAUUUAUUGAGAUAGAUGAACUAACUACACUUUUAAAUAAUCUUGCCAAAGAAAUUAAUUCUUAAGUUUUAAUUUCUUAUAAUAUUAGUUACCAACCUAAAAGGAAAUAGACUAUAUUUUAGGUUAUUUAGAUACAAAUAAUGACAAAAAAAUUAGCAGAAGUGAGUUUUAGAAAUUAGGAUAAUUAAUGGUGAAAAUUCUAGCGAGUGUUUGA